UUGCGAAUUUUACUUUCAUUCGAGCGGUUGGUUUUCGAAUUUGGCCAAACGGAGUAGAGGCGUUGCUUAAUUCAGUUUCAAAGCGACAAACAACAACAAAACGGGUGUGGAAAAUCUAAAGGAAACGAAAAUAAAAUUUGUUGAGUUAUGUAAAUUUGAAGAAAUUUGGAAACACAAAACCGUUAGUACGCGCAAAAAUUAAAAAAAAAAUGUGUAUAUUGGGUCUGGAUUCUAUGAAAUGGGAAAAGUGUAAAUCCAUGAAAAAGUGUUGAAAUACAUAUAUAUAAUAGAUAAAUCCAUGCGAAAGAAAAGUGAAUAAAAAUGUGUAAGCUAAAACUCAUAGUUACUGCAAACGCAAACCUGAAGAAGUACUUCAAAUAAAAGUGCAAGAAAUGUGAAAAAAUCUAAAAUUUAUUGAAAUUUAAAAGUAUAUUAAUUUUAAUAAAAAAAAAUGUUCAACUCGUAUUCCAUUACUUGUCGGAAAUCCACCACGCCUCAAAUUCAACUAAAACUUAUCUUACUUCUGCUAUACCUACCAUUGAGUCUUCAACACGCCGUCACCGAACCGCUGGGAAGCAACAACACAGACUCCGCGACAACAACCACAACAUCGCCACCAGAUGUCGCAAGUUCAGGCAGCCACUUCGUGCCACAUCGUUUCUCCAGCAGCAACAACAUAACAAUACUACACGAAGUACACGAGCUUGCCGCACAUACCGAACGGCCGCUCGUGCUGAACACACACGAGGUGCUGCCCGUGAAACCGUUGAAGAAGAAACCCUACACACUACUCGACAAAACGAUUUUCUCUGAAUAUGAGAAACCACGACCACUCAAAGAAUACGAAUUACAUCCAGUCACAUUCGACUUUAAUCUGAGCGAUUUGGAGGAUCUCGAACAUGAAACCGUGAAGAAGGGCGACUUAAGCGCCGAGGAGAAGCAUCUGCUGCGUAAUGCCGAGGAGACUGGACUCAGUUACAAUGAACGCGCGCUGCCGCCGUCUUUUGUAAGCGGUAUUGAGAGCGACUUGGCAUUUGAUGUCGCAUCAGCAACCGAACUCACAUUGACUGCAUAUACCACGGCGGUGCCGCCGACCAAUGCGACACCGGUGAGCAGCACGACCCCCGCACCAAUCAUUACCACACCCAACGUGGUGGGCACCGUAAGUCCGCAUGUAUUUAAGGUGCACAAAAAUAAAACAUUGAAAAAGGGCCGAGAACUGCUAAAGCAAGAGGAGGAGACGCCAAAGCUCACAGGAAAUAACUUCAACAGCAUAAGUCAUUAUUUUGGCGCCGAGUCUGUGGUGGGUGAAGUGAAUGCAACAGCGUCGAGCUUGCAUUCGGCGAACUUCUUUCAAAUCAUAACGAACCUUUAUGAUCACUUCUACUGGCAUGCCUCGGAGAUACGCACGAGGGUUACGACGGCUUGUGGUUUGGAAAUGCAGGCGUACCUGACGGGUUUGCAUGGAAAUUUCAAUUGGGCGCAAAAAGCUUAUGAUGCCUCCGGCCGUUAUCGCGGUCAGUUGUUCUUUGGCAAUGACAAAUGGUUGGGUCAGAAGACCUUCUGCUAUGAGCUAAAUCGUCAAAUGGACCCGGAUGAACGUAGGCACUUCGAAUUCGAAUUUUAUGCUGCACUGGUGGCGUUGCAGCUAAAGAUGCCGCAGCAGCUGAGUGUUCAGCUACAAGUGGGUGAAUGCUUGCCACGCUCUUGCAGCGCACACGAUGUACAAGCCAUACUAGCCCUCGAUCCGCACGCAGAAAUGCUAGUCACACUCAAUGCUGCGGUUGUCAACCAUGCACAGCACAAUCAGAGCGUUAACCAGAGCCACAACGCCAACAACAGCAACAAUAGCAGUAGCGCUAAUAGCAACAGCAAUCACACCAUCAUACAAGUGCUCCACGUACGCACCGUGCCGGGUCUAUUUAGCUAUUGGCGUGAACUGAAAUUUCAAAUAUUCUUAAGUUUCUUGCUCACUCUCCUGCUGCUGGUCAUCACCGCCACUUGGUAUCAGGCGAAACUGAAUCAGCUGCACCUCGCCUCACCGCACAUACCGGCGAUAAGUGCAAAAAUUGAUGCUGUCAUGGCUGGCGGUGGCAUUGUGACGUUGGAUGUCGGUGCUGCGGGUACCUAUACGAGCAAUGUCUCCGCCGGAGGUAGUGUAAAGUCGAGGCGGGGAGCCGCAGCUAAUGCGACGCCAGCCGCCUUUGAACUGUAUCAGAUGAGCACACUGAGUGAGAACAACAAUGUGCUUGACAUAGAGCCGGAUGUGAAUGGCAAUAAAACAACAACACGAGCAGCAAGAGUUAACAACGGUGCAGGAGCUGGUCAUGCGAAUGGGCAAAGCAAUGGAGGCGGGAGUCCGAGCAGCAGUGUUGGUGGUGUUGCUAGAGUCAGUAGUGGCAGCAGCGGUGGUGGCAGUAGCGGGCGGCACUCGGCGUCCGAUGUCGAAAAGUCACAUAUGGUCGAUUAUCGCCUGGAGACGGGCAGCAGUGCGGGUACAACGAGCACGUAUGAGGCGAAGAAGCCAUUGGGUUUGCAUGAACAGUUUUUAUUAUGUUUUGCAUUUCAAACAAAUGCCGGCACCAUACUCAAUAUGACCGAGAACAAAGAGCAACAAACUUCCUGUGUACACGGCCUGCGUGUCUUCUCCGUGCUGUGGACCAUAAUGGUGCAUACAUAUUUGCAAAUGUUUACCAUCGGCGAAAAUAGAUUCCAGCGCAACAUUGUCGAGCGCUCGAUUUGGUAUCAGUUCAUUGGUAAUGCCACUUUUUCGGUUGACACGUUCUUCUUCAUCAGCGGCUUCCUGGUCACUUUGAUCUUUCUGAAACAGGAUAAGAAAUAUCCCGACGACGCCGGUCGCUUUUUAAAGCGUAGCAUGAAAGAUACCGGCUUUUUAUUGUUGUACCGUUACAUACGUUUGACGCCGGCAUAUUUAUUUGUGAUUUUCUUCAAUGAUUUUACACUGCGCCAAACUUUCAACAAUUCCGUCUUCCAGCCAAAUGUCGCCGCCGACACUUGUAGCAGCUACUGGUGGCGUAAUAUACUUUAUGUCAAUAAUUUUUAUCCGCUCAGUGAGAUUUGUAUGAUCUGGAGUUGGUAUAUGGCUAAUGAUAUGCAAUUCUUCGUUAUGGCUUCGCUUCUUUUGGUGCUCUCAACGAGGUACUUUAAGACCACCGCAAUUAUCGUCUGCUCGUUUUUGCUCAGCUCUUGGGGUAUUACCGGCAUUAUUUCUCUGCAUUACCGUUACACGCAUAAAGUGGCAAAUCCGUUUGAGUCAUUCGAUUUUCUGUAUGACAAACCUUGGCAGCGUGUGGGCACUUAUAUUAUGGGCAUGUUGGCCGGUUUCAUUAUUUACAAAGUGAAGAAACCACCGCCUAUCAGCAGUCGCACAAAUUAUCUGCUCUGGCUGGGCAGCGUGUCACUGCUGGGGCUCAUCAUUUUCGGCGUGUGGAAUGGCGAGCUAAGUCGAUUGACAACAGCGUUCUAUGUGAGCAUUGGCCAUACAGCCUUCGGCGUCGGCCUCAUCUGGAUAGUGUUGUCCUGUUGCUGGGGCAUUGCGCCCACCGCCAACCGUAUACUCUCUUAUCGCGGUCUAUGGCCGCUCUCACGCCUCACCUACUGCACUUACCUCAUCCACCCGGUGAUAAUGCUAAUUACCUCCUUUCGCAUGAGCGGCAUUGUGCACCUGAAUAAUCUCUUCGUAAUGACGAUUUUUCUGGGGAACGCGGUGGCGUCCUUUGGUGUGGCCUUCUUCAUUUCAGUUCUGUUCGAAGCGCCGGUCAUACGGAUGCUAAAGAUUUUCUAUCGAAGGUAAUUAAGGAUUAAAUAGAUUUCUUUUGUAUGGAAAUAUGUAUUUACUUAUAUGUAUGUAUAUGAUGUAAACAUAUGUAUAUCAAAACAGACCCGUAGAAAAAAGAGCAGAUUAAAUAUGUAUAUAUUUAUGUAUGUAUGUAAUUAAAUUUAUUAGAUAUAAAAGAAGUUAAUAUUAGGAUUUUCCUUUUUACAGUUAAUUCUAGGAAAAUUGUUGAUUUUUUAUGGAUGAAUUUCAGAUUUUUCAUUUCCAUUUCCAUAUUUUUUUUCUCGCUUCUCCAUUGAUUCAUUCUAUUCUAAUUGCCUUGUCAUAUUACAUUUUCUCUUCAAUUUAAAUAUUUUCCCAUUCUUCAUUUAAUUUUAUUUAAUUUGUAAAUUUCUGCAUAAUUUUUAUUCAAUUACAUAACGUGUAAGUAUUGUUGUAAUUAUAGUGAAUAUCUUUUGUAUUUUAAUUUACAAAACAUUGUAUAAAAUUGGUUGUUGGUGUAAUGAGGCGAAGUUUACUUCUUGCUGUAUAAUAAAUAAAGGAAGUUUUUAUAUUUAAUU